AUCAAUCAAGUAACAGAACGCGAGUCAUGGGCCAACCAUCGCAGCCGGCGUCCAACGCCUUAUUGUACUGCACAUAUGCAGCUUUCCUCAUUUUCGGUCUCUACAUCGCAUGGAGACUGCGUGGUCAGACUGCCGGACAAUUCCUUUCUGCCAACAGAACUCAGAAGGGAGUGCCGCUCGCCUUGAAUUUCAUCGCAUCUGGUGAGUGUCGCCAUGCGGUCGUGAGACCCAUAUGAAGCGGCAAGGCAUUACGAGCGGAGAGCGUGAUCUUGACAUCUCGACCACCUCACGUUACGCACCACAUCAAGACUACUGACAGAAGGUUCGUACGCAUGCAUUCUUUGGCAUCGUGCUCUCAAACGCCCGUCUUCAGCGACUUCGGGCGCGCGUUGAAAGGACUGAGAGCACGAUGUGCAGCACUGCGGGCGCCGAUCGCGGGUCGAACAUGUCGGACCUUGCUGU